GUAACCAUUUCGCUUCGAUUUCUUAUCAGUGUAAUACCGCUAAAAGAUGUAUGGGAACAGCCUAAUCAUAGUGGGCCUUUACUGCGUGGUGUCUACGUUGGCGUAUAAAAAGCCGCAUCCCCUGAAAAUAGAAAAGCUAUACACCGAAGUAAACGUAACGGAAUGUAGACCCGAAUCAUUCAAAGAGAUGGAAACUAUCGCCCUCACAGGAUCACUCAUGUUCUACAUCGACAGAUAUGAUAUAAUUAACAAAGCCGACUGCACGUUCAGGAUCACAUUGCCGAAAGGAAACAGGGUGGCAUUGUGGGUAGAGGAGUUACAACUUCCAGUACAAAAUGAAGACAUCUCAUGCAGUAAAGGUGAGGUUAUGAUCGUCGAUAGCCUCAGUGGAACCAUAUUAAAUCCAUCAACACGACUUUGUGGUUCGAUAGAAGAAGAGGUUAGUACCGCCUACUUGACAGAUGGAAGGUCGGCUGACGUCAAUAUUGUUAUCCCCUACGCGAGUAAUCUAUUGGGAGAUAUCGCCAUCGAAGUGAAUUUUGUGGCUUUCAAGACCGUUACAAACACAUCUAAAGACAAAUCGUGUUAUAUUUGCCGAAAGAAGAAUGGAAAUCAGGAAAAUUUGUUAUGUAUCGACAAUCGAUUGAAAUGCGAUAGUGUACAGAACUGUGUCGGGGAGUAUGAGAACGAGGAAGACUUUGCUGUGACGCGAGAUGAAACAUGUACAUUCGUAUGUAAUUCAACUGACCCUGUUAACAACGAUACCGUAAUCCUAGAUGGCGUCGACGUGUGUAAUGUGUUUGAAGACUGUCCGAACGGAGAAGAUGAAGACGCCGUUUUAUGUGCAAGAGUUUUCGUGAGGAAUUGUGCCUCAGAACACACCAAUAAUGUGACGUCUUUAAAAUCAGCGGGUGUCGUUAUUUUCAAUCUAACGCAUACAAACCCCAAUUCGCCAUACAACUGCUCCCUAAGACUCAGUGUUUCCGAGGGGAGGCGAAUGGCUCUCACAUUUCAAGGGGAACUUUCUUUUCCCGUCGAGCAUACAGCAAUGGUGGACGGCGAUGACAUCAUAUACAAUUGUUCUGGAGGAUAUGUUGCGUUAACUGACCCAAUAUCAAGCAGAAGUUUGACUCAACCAAGAAGCAUGUGUGGGACUCAGUCGACUAAUGAAUGGACCUCAUUUCUCACUGACAGCAACGAGGUCACUAUAAGCGUCAUAGUACAAAAUGAAGAUUUCAAUGGAAGUAUCCUCUUUGAUUUGAAAUAUGUGGCUUUCUUAGACGAUACAAAAAAUAUUGAUGUCGGUGUGUGUCACCUCUGCAAAUAUAUAUUACAGAGUACUAACGCCACUACAGUGUGCAUUGAUGAAGAGUUGAAGUGCGAUGGAGUAAUCAACUGUCCCCAUGGAUAUGCGGCUGAAGAGGACUCAAAGGGAAGGCCAACGUGCAAAUUCCGAUGCAGUCCGUAUGACGAUACUAUCAUCGACGGAUUUUCAGUAUGUGAUGGGUCCGUGGACUGUCCUAACGGAAUCGACGAAAACGCUGAUCUAUGUAGUAAACAUACCCAGAUCAAUGGACCUUUUUCACCUCUCAGCAUGGUUGAUGGCAUUGUCACUAUAGUUUGUGGAUUUAUACUAGUUAUUCUUAUCUCAAUAUGUCUAUACUGUUGUUGCUGUCCACCGCCGCCCACAUACGUGACAAAAGGUCACUACUCAUCGAACGUUAAUAUCAAUUUUCACGAUGGUGUCACAUCGACCAACUUAGAAGGACGAACAUCGCAUAAUGAUACAAGGGAUAAUAAUGAAGUGCGUAUUUCCAGUCUUUAG